UCGCCAUGGUGGAAAUCUGUAAUUGUUUGUAUCCCCAUGUUGAAAGAGAUAUGAGUCGCAUAGCCAUCUAAUCGUGGAAAGCAAUAGGUGGAAAGCUCAAAGGGUGAGACCCUGAGAGGGAGUAUCUGGUUUGUAGUGUUAAUCCAUGGAAAGCUACCCAGAUCUGCAGUGCAGAGCGAUGUGGAGGAACAAACCCGAUUCAGAUGUCUUAUGUCCCGCUGAAGAAGGAAAGAUACGCCGAGUUGGGCGAUCCAGAAAUAGUGGGUCUAGUAGGGGUAAUGGAGCAGGGUCUGACGAGGGUCACGCUGGCUCCGACAGAGAGAUGUAUGUUUCUGAAUAUGCGCGGUAUGAAGCUGAGGCGGCUAUGAAGCAGAGUGAUGGCCAAGCAUGGCUGGGUGAUGUUCCAAUCAUCUCCGGUUGUGAUUUAAUAGAAUUUGAACGCGUUGUUGCCCGCAUUUCAAACGAGCGUCUAAUUGAAAUAGAAGAGCUGGGUUUUGGACCGGUCCACAUAAUUAGAGGUAUUAAGUUAAACGUUGAGCUAUACCGUAUGUUGCUGUCAAAUUUCGAUGUUAAGAAUUCUACAAUAAAGAUACAUGGGAGGAACCUUUCCAUCACAGCUAAGGACGUGAACCGUCUGAUGGGAUUGAGGUUUAGGGGGAGAGAAGUAGAUAUUAACACCUCAACAGAUGAUGAGGUUAUAUGUAUGCUGAAGAGAAAGCUUUGUGGGGAUGAAUCAGAAAUAUGUAUGAGGAAAUUGAGGCGAAUGGUAUUGUCAACUUAUAAUGACGAAGAGAUGUGGAAGGUGUGUUUUGCCUUGUACGCGAUGUCAACCGUGUUUUGCCCUUCCCUACCCGGUUACGUAGAUGAUAGACUUCUUGUUCCCCUGAAGAAUGCAGGUCUUAUUAGGACCCAUAACUGGGCAUUGUUUGUCUUCAAUAAGUUGGUUGAAGGAGUGAAUGCAUAUCAAAGUGGUGAACCAGUUCAUGUGGGGGGCUGUUUGAUAUUCUUACAGGUUUUCUACCUGAGCGUACUCAGUGAAAGAAUGUGUAUGUUUCCGAGGAUGUGUCUACCGGCGUUGUCAUGGGGCCAGAAUGAGUGCGACAGGAUGUACAGAAGGAUAGAAGGACUUGGAGGAUUUUAUGCAACAGAGGGUGUUUGGGUUUCCAAGAGACACUAUAAAUCCAGAUCCACAGAAUACUCUGGUUCCCGUGAUUACAGCACAGGUUUGAAAACAAAUGUUGUAGAUGAUAUGGCCGAUUUGAAGUCAGACAUGGCCGACGUGCAAUUUGCAGUCGGAAGCUUGGAAUCAAUUAUGCAAAAUGUUGUUCCUGAAAUUGUGGAGCUGAGGAAGGUCAUGACAACAAUACGUGGCAAACUCUGUAACCUGAGGAGUGAGGAAGGGAUGACUGAACUUGUUAGUCAAGUCAGGAAAGUUGUUGUUGCUAAGUUGAAUGGUGGAAGUAGCUUUGUGUGCCGAGGGAGAGAGAACCAGUUUGGGGGCUCAGAACCUCCUAAUGGUGGACGAGGGGAUGAUAAAGUUUCAUUGAAUAGAGGAAUAGGAGAAGUACGUGUGAUGAAGGAUACAGUGACAUCAGGAGCCGAAAGAAUUGUAGUUGGGAAGAAGCGUACAAUCUGCAGUAUAAAUGAUCUGUCUCCCACAAGCAGGGACCUAAUGGCAUACCUAUUUAGCCGUAAGGGCCGUGAUGGUGAUGCAUCAGGAAGUCAUGAAAUCGGGAGGUUUGGUGACUUUACUGUCUGCCGGAGGGAUCUAAAAUGCCUUUGUCCUGAACAUUGCCUCAAUAGUGAGAUAAUCAAUUUAAUGGGUGCCCUGUCAUUUGCAAACCGUCCGGAAACUUGGUUUCUGCCUACAUCAUUUUCGGACCAUGCUAAAACGGUUGGUUUGAAUAGUCAAGUAGGUGGCCAGGAGGGUACAACAGCUGGCCUACGUAGUGUAAGGCCGUUGGUAGGCCCUCCCAAUCAGUGCCGGAAGAUAUUUAUUCCUAUAUGCGACGAUGUGGAUGAGCACUGGUAUCUUGCUGUUUUUAAUGUUUAUGCAGGUGAAUGUGAGAUAUGGGACAGUUGUGAGAUAUUCGACUGCAAUAACUUUCGCUCAACACAGGAUAGGCGGGAGGAUUAUGCAAAAUGCGCGAUUAAUCUGAUUGGGUCUUUGUUUGCGGAGGAGUUUGUAUCUCUUCCCCAGCCGUCAUCCAAAACAGGUGGAUAUGUCUUCACAUAUCCGACCGGCUGCCCAAUCCAGCGAAGGAGGGAAGACUCCGGCAUAUUUCUGAUUAGGAAUAUGCAGCAUUAUAGGGAGCGUUGGUACGAGGGGUUUAAUGCCGGGGACCAAAGAGUUAGGAUUGCGCUUGAGAUAGUCAACCACCCUUUGAAUGAGUGUGCACAAACAGUAUGGGCAAAUGUACACCGUGAACAAAAGGAGAGAGCUGCAGGAGACAACGGUUUUCCCGGGACAACCUAUGUAGGGGGCGGGGGCGGGGGCCAUAGCAUCAUUCCUCCGUUUUCUAAAAAGUUCAAGCCCCGUGUCCCAUCACGAUCCUGAUUUGUUACGAGUACCCACCUGUAAUAAAUCAAGUAUUUGUGUUUCGAUUUCCGAUGUGACGUCUCAUUUCGCAAAACUAUAUUGUCCUUUUUGAAUUUAACUAAACUUUGUUGAAGUAUUUAAUCAGUUAUUUGUUGUAUUGGCUUAUAUGCUGCAGCUUA